AUGUACAGACAGACAGACAUACAGACAGACAGACAGACAGACAGACAGACAGGCAGACAGGCAGGCAGGCAGGCAGGCAGGCAGGCAGGCAGGCAGUUAUGGAGACAGAGAGACAGGCAGGUAGACAGAGACAGACAGAAUGACAGGCAGGGAGACAGGCAGGGAGACAGACAGACAGACAGGAAGGUUGACAGAGACAGACGUACAGACAGACAGACAGACAGACAGACAGACAGACAGACAGGGAGCAAGAGACAGCCAGCCAGCCAGACAGACAGACAGACAGACAGACAGACAGACAGACAGACAGACAGACAGACAGACAGACAGACAGACAGACAGACAGACAGACAGACAGACAGACAGACAGACAGACAGACAGACAGACAGAAGGCAGGCAGGGAGACAGACAGACAGGCAGGCAGGCAGGUAGACAGAGACAGACAGACAGCCAGACAGGUAGGGAGUCAGACAGAGACGGACGGACGGACGGACGGACGGACAGACAGACAGGGAGACAGACAGACAGGGAGACAGACAGACAGACAGGGAGACAGACAGACAGGGAGACAGACAGGCGGGGAGACAGGCAGGGAGACCGGCAAGCACAUCGUCAGCUCAGCUCCCUCCGUUCAUUCAUAAUUCUCCAGGUGGAGACUCACACUGGGUGGUGAUGCAUGCCUGCCUGCCUGCCUGUCUGCCUGCCUGCCUGCCUGCCUGCCUGCCUGCCUGUCUGCCUGCCUGCCUGCCUGCCUCUCUGUCUGUCUGUCUCUGGCUUUUCUCUCCAGCAGUUCUCUGUCUGUCUCCGGCUCUUCUCUUCAGCAGUUCUCUGUCUGUCUCUGGCUUUUCUCUCCAGCAGUUCUCUGUCUGUCUCCGGCUCUUCUCUUCAGCAGUUCUCUGUCUGUCUCCGGCUCUUCUCUUCAGCAGUUCUCUGUCUGUCUCUGGCUCUUCUCUCCAGCAGUUCUCUGUCUGUCUCUGGCUUUGCUUCAAGGAUGUCUGUCACAACAUUGUUUUGUUCCGUAUCACUGAAAGCCUUCUAAAAGCUUUGAGUGAGCAGCAAGCUCUCUGUCAUCAGGCCUCCUCUAUUGUCUCCUACUCCUAGGUGGAUAGAGGUGUAGAACCCUCUCCUCUCUGUGAGACUAUAGGAGAGGGUAGUCCCAGGCCAUCUGGAAGGUUACCCAGGAAACAGUGGUGCCAUGGCAACCGUGGCUGGGGUUACCCGGGAAACGACCGGCCGUUGCCAAGGAGACUGCAUCACAGCGCGCAAUAUUGAAGGCAUCCAGUGGAAGCCGUGUUCCGUCUCCGAUCUAGGAUGUGUCUCCUGUAUGUUGUGGUACAUUAUUAUACAGUAGGUCUCUCCAGAUCUGUAGACUCUAGUCCAUAUAAUAACAGCAUCACUUCUAUAGGAGUCUAUUCCUUCCCUUUGGGUGUUUCCUCCACUGCUGCUACAGAACAGCUGCUGGCUGAUAUAAUUAAUAUAAUCAGAAACAUAUAUUGUUAUCUACAGUACCAGUCAAAUGUUUGGACACAUCUACUCAUUCCAGGGUUUUUCUUUAUUUUUACUAUUUUCUACAUUGUAGAAUAAUAGUGAAGACAUCAAAACUAUGAAAUAACACAUAUCGAAUCAUGUAGUAACCAAAAGAGUGUUAAGUGUUAAGCAAAUCAAAAUAUAUUUUAUAUUUCAGAUUCUUCAAAUAGACACCCUUUGCUUGAUGACAGCUUUGCACACUCAUGGCAUUCUCUCAACCAGCUUCACCUGGAAUGCUUUUCCAACAGUCUUUGAAGGAGUUCCCACAUAUGCUGAGCACUUGUUGGCUGCUUUUCCUUCACUCUGGCAUCCUACUCAUCCCAAACCAUCUCAAUUGGGUUGAGGUCAGGGGAUUGUGGAGGCCAGGUCAUCUGAUGCAGCACUCCAUCACUCUCCUUCUUGGUCAAAUAGCCCUUGCACAGCCUGGAGGUGUGUUGGGUCAUUGUCCUGUUGAAAAACAAAUGAUAGUCCCACUAAGCCCAAACCAAAUGGGAUGGCGUAUCACUGCAGAAUGCUGUGGUAGCCAUGCUGGUUAAGUGUGCCUUGAAUUCUAAAUAAAUCACAGACGGUGUCACCAGCAAAGCAGCCCCACACCAUAACACCACCUCCUCCAUGCUUUACGGUGGGAAAUACACAUCCGUUCACCCACACCGCGUCUCACAAAGACACGGAUUAUGGAACCAAAAUCUCAAAUUUGGACUCCAGACCAAAGGACACAUUUCCACCGGUCUAAUGUCCAUUGCUCGUGUUUCUUGGCCCAAGCAGGUCUCUUCUUCUUAUUGGUGUCCUUUAGUAGUGGUUUCUUUGCAGCAAUUCGAUCAUGAAGGCCUGAUUCACACAGUCUCAUCUGAACAGUUGAUGUUGAGAUGUGUCUGUUACUUGAACUCUGAAGCAUUUAUUUGGGCUGCAAUUUCUGAGGCUGGUAACUCUAAUGAACUUAUCCUCUGCAGCAGAGGUAACUCUGGGUCUUCCAUUCCAGUGGUGGUCCUCAUGAGAGCCAGUCUCAUCAUAGCGCUUGAUGGUUUUUGCGACUUUUCAUGAAGACACUUUCAAAGUUCUUGAAAUUAUCCGUAUUGACUGACCUUCAUGUCUUAAAGUAAUGAUGGACUGUCGUUUCUCUUUGCUUAUUUGAGCUGUUCUUGCCAUAAUAUGGACUUGGUCUUUUACCAAAUAGGGCAUUCUUCUGUAUACCCCCCUACCUUGUCAAAACACAACUGAUUGGCUCAAACGCAUUAAGGAGGGAAAAAAAAUCACAAAUUAACUUUUAAGAAGGCACAACUGUUAAUUGAAAUGCAUUCCAGGUGACUACCUCAUGAAGCUGGUUGAGAUAAUUCCAAGAGUGUGCAAAGCUGUCAUCAAGGCAAAGGGUGGCUAUUUGAAGAAUCUGAAAUAUAAAAUAUAUUUUGAUUUGUUUAACACUUUUUUGGUUACAACAUGAUUCCAUAUGUUAUUUCAUAGUUGUGAUGUGUUCACUAUUAUUCUACAAUGUAGAAAAUAGUAAAAAUAAAGAAAAACCCUUGAAUGAGUAGGUGUGUCCAAACUUUUGACUGGUAGUGUAUCUACAACAGAAUAGAAUAAAACAAUGUUUUACAUGGAUGGUCUACAGAUCGUGUGUGUGUGCGUGUGUGUGUGUGAUCUGUGUGUGUGUGUGAUCAGUGUGUGUGUGUGUGCGUGUGAUCAGUGUGUGUGUGGUGCUGUUUGUGGUCAUGUGUGUUGUGUGUGUGUGAUAUGUGUGUGUGUGUAUGUGUGUGUUGUGUGUGUGAUCAGUGUGGUGUGUGUAUGUGUGUGUGUGUUUGUGUGUGUGUGUGUGUGUGUGGUGUGUGUGUGUGUGUGUGGUGUGUGUGUGUGUGUGUGUGUGUGUGUGUGUGUGUGUGUGUGUGUGUGUGUGUGUGUGUGGUGUGUGUGUGUGUGUGUGUGUGUGUGUGUGUGUGUGUGUGUGUGUGUGUGUGUGUGUGUGUGUGUGUGUGUGUGUGUGUGUGUGUGUGUGUGUGUGUGUGUGUGUGUGUGUGUGUGUGUGUGUGUGUGUGUGUGUGUGUGUGUGUGUGUGUGAUCAGUGUGUGUCUAUAUAUGAUCAGUGUACUACACUGAAAGCUCUGCCCUGUGAGGAACAUUUAAAAUAAAAUCAAAGUUUAUUGGUCGCGUACACAUAUUUGCAGAUGCCAUCUCAGGUGCAGCUAAAUGCUUGUGUUUCUAGCUCCAACAGUGCAGUAAUACAUAGCAAUGCAAAACAAUACACACAUAAUCAAAACAAUUUAAAGAAAGAAAUAUCAGAACAAGCAAUGUCAGAGUCCAGAAUAUAAAUAUAUAUAUAAUGGUGUGUAUAGACAGUAUGGACAGUAUAUGAAUAGAAAAGGUGUGGACAGCAGUAGUUAUAUAGGAUGAACCAUGACUAGAAUACAGUAUAUACAUAUGAAGAGGACAGCAGUAGUUAUAUAGGAUGAACCAUGACUAGAAUACAGUAUAUACAUAUGAAGUGGACAGCAGUAGUUAUAUAGGAUGAACCAUGACUAGAAUACAGUAUAUACAUAUGAAGUGGACAGCAGUAGUUAUAUAGGAUGAACCAUGACUAGAAUACAGUAUAUACAUAUGGAGUGGACAGCAGUAGUUAUAUAGGAUGAACCAUGACUAGAAUACAGUAUAUACAUAUGGAGUGGACAGCAGUAGUUAUAUAGGAUGAACCAUGACUAGAAUACAGUAUAUACAUAUGAAGAGGACAGCAGUAGUUAUAUAGGAUGAACCAUGACUAGAAUACAGUAUAUACAUAUGAAGUGGGUAAAACAGGAUGUAAACAUGAUUAAAGUGACCAGUGUUCAUUGACUCUAAGGACAUAGGGCAGCAGUCUCUAAGGUGCAGGGUAGAGUCCCGGGUGGUAGCCGGCUAGUAACAGCGACUAAGGUUCAGGGCAGGGUACUGGGUGGAGGCCGGCUAGUGGUGACUGUUUAACAAUCUGAUGUAGCCUAAUAAAUGCAUCCCUAUAGUCAUUAAUGCACACCACUCUGAUAUUAAAAUCAGCUGAAGAGUUAAAAGCUCUAGUGUUUAUAUUCCAUCUAAAACAACAGAAGAAAGAAAAAGCGACUCUCUCUCCCUCUAUAUCUCUGUCUCUGUCUCUGUCUCUCCCUCUAUAUCUCUGUCUCUCUCCUUCCAAAACGCAGAUGGAAACGAAGAAUGAAUUGUAAUUAUUUGAAUACUGAUCUGUUUCACACACAAAGAGCUGCUUGCUGUGCUGAGCAGACAUGGUUAUAGCUCUGUAGCUGGAUAUCUCUCUGUCUCUGUCUCUGUCUCUGUCUCUGUCUCUGUUUCUGUCUCUGUCUCUGUUUCUCUCUCUGUCUCUGUCUCUGUCUCUGUCUCUGUCUCUGUCUCUGUUUCUCUCUCUGUCUCUGUCUCUGUCUCUGUCUCUGUCUCUCUCUCUCUCUCUCUCUCUCUGUCUCUCUCUCUCUCUCUCUCUCUCUCUCUCUCUCUCUCUCCUCCUCUCUCUCUCUCUCUCUCUCCCUCUCCUCUGCCUCUCUCCUCUCUAUUUCUCUCUCUGUCUCUCUGUCUCUCUGUCUCUCUCUCCCUCUCCUCUGUCUCUCUCCUCUCUCUGUCUCUGUCUCUGUCUCUGUCUCUGUCUCUGUCUGUCUCUGUCUCUGUCUCUGUCUCUCUCUCCUUCACCCUGGCACUGACUGCUGCGUUAUAACAGUCAGAGUACAGCCGGUGGAAUGUCCAUAUCAUCUAGAUACACUAUAUAUAUAAAGGUAUGUGGACACCCCUUCAAAUUAAUGGAUUCGGGUAUUUCAGCCACACCCGUUGCUGACAGGUGCUUAAAAUCGAGCACACAGCCAUGCAAUCUCCAUGGACAAACAUUGGCAGUAGAAUGGCCUUACUGAAGAGCUCAGUGUCUUUCAACGUGGCACCGUCAUAGGAUGCCACCUUUCCAACAAAUCAGUUCGUCAAAUUUUUGCCCUGGUCAACUGUAAGUGCGUCUAGGAGCAACAACGGCUCAGCAGCGAAGUAGGCCACACAAGCUCACAGAACGGGACCACCGAGUGCUGAAGCACUUAGGGCGUAAAAAUGGUCUGUCCUUGGUAGAAACACUCACUACCGAGUUCCAAACUGCCUCUGAAAUCAACGUCAGCACAAGAACUGUUCGUCGGGAGCUUCAUGAACUGGGUUUCCAUGGCCUAAGAUCCCCAUGCCUGGCUCGGAGCAGUGGAAACGUGUUCUCUGGAGUGAUGAAUCACGCUUCACCAUCUGGCAGUCCAACGGACAAAUCUGGGUUUGGCGGAUGCCAGGAGAACGCAACCUGCCCAAAUGCAUAGUGCCAACUGUAAAGUUUGGUGGAGGAGGAAUAAUGAUCUGGGGAUGUUUUUCAUGGUUCGGGCUAGGCCCCUUAGUUCCAGUGAAGGGAAAUCUUAGCGCUACAGCAUACAAUGACAUUCUAGACGAUUCUGUGCUGCUAACUUUGUGGCAACAGUUUGGGAAAGGCCCUUUCCUGUUUCAGCAUGACAAUUCCCCCUUGCACAAAGCGAGGUCCAUAAAGAAAUGGUUUGUCGAGAUCGGUGUGUAAGAACUAGACUGGCCUGCACUGAGCCCUAUCCUCAACCCCAUGGAACACCUUUGGGAUGAAUUGGAACGCCGACUGCGAGCCAGGCCUAAUCGCCCAACAUCAGCGCCCGACCUCACUAAUGCUCUUGUGGCUGAAUGGAAGCAAGUCCCCCGCAGCAAUGUUCCAACAUCUAGUGGAAAGCCUUCCCAGAAGAGUGGAGGCUGUUAUAGCAGCAAAGGGGGGGGGACCAACUCCAUAUCAAUGCCCAUGAUUUUGGAAUGAGAUGUUGGGCGAGCAGGUGUCCACAUACUUUAGAUCAUUUCGUGUAGAUAGCCCCUUUAGGUAUGGGGCCUGGAGGUGCAUGCUGGUGAUGGGUUUCCCCUCAUUCAACCCCUUCUGUUAAAGCACUACAUACAUUCAUCCACGAGUCCGUUAUGACGCCAUAGACUACACGUCAGUGAAUAUCUUCUUGUUGAUGCUGACGCUGUUCGCUGUGUUGUUUUGUGUCAUGGUUGUUGUCGUGGUAGCGGUGGUUGCCGUGGGGAAGUUCUGCUGCUGUUUGAAGGUGCUGCUGUUCAGUCCUCUGUGUUCCUCUAUCACCAGGUACUCACUCUUACUGAGCGAUGAAGAGCUGCUCCUCUUCCUCAUCCCCCCAUCCUCCUCCGUCUCGGACGCCAGCGGCUGACAGCUUCCCACGUGGAGGUACUGCGCCUGCUCCUCCCCCUCCGUCUCCCGAUGGUAGAAGUAGUUGAAGUUGGACACGAUGACGGGGACGGGCAGGGCUAUGGUCAGCACGCCAGCGAUGGCGCAGAGAGAGCCCACGAUCUUCCCGCCGAUGGUUAUCGGGUGCAUGUCGCCGUAGCCGACAGUAGUCAUGGUGACCACGGCCCACCAGAAGGCAUCAGGGAUGGAGCUAAAGCCGGAGUCUGGGUCGUCGGCCUCGGCGAAGUAGACGGCGCUGGAGAAGAGGAUGACUCCGAUGAAGAGGAAGAAGAUGAGGAGGCCCAGCUCCCGCAUGCUGGCCUUCAGGGUCUGGCCCAGGAUCUGGAGCCCCUACCAUAGACAGACAGAGAGAAUUCAGACCUACCAUAGACAGACAGAGAGUUCAGACCUACCAUAGAUAGACAGAGAGUUCAGACCUACCAUAGAUAGACAGAGAGAGUUCAGACCUACCAUAGAUAGACAGAGAGAGUUCAGACCUACCAUAGAUAGACAGAGAGAGUUCAGACCUACCAUAGAUAGACAGAUAGAGUUCAGACCUACCAUAGAUAGACAGAGGGAGUUCAGACCUACCAUAGACAGACAGAGAGUUCAGACCUACCAUAGAUAGACAGAGAGAGUUCAGACCUACCAUAGAUAGACAGAGAGAGUUCAGACCUACCAUAGACAGAGAGAGUUCAGACAUACCAUAGAUAGACAGAGAGAGUUCAGACCUACCAUAGAUAGACAGAGAGAGUUCAGACCUACCAUAGAUAGACAGAGAGUUCAGACCUACCAUAGAUAGACAGAGAGAGUUCAGACCUACCAUAGACGACAGAGAGAGUUCAGACCUACCAUAGAUAGACAGAGAGAGUUCAGACCUACCAUAGAUAGACAGAGAGAGUUCAGACCUACCCAUAGACAGACAGAGAGUUAGACCUACCAUAGAUAGACAGAGAGAGUUCAGACCUACCAUAGAUAGACAGAGAGUUCAGACCUACCAUAGAUAGACAGAGAGAGUUCAGACCUACCCAUAGAUAGACAGAGAGUUCAGACCUACCAUAGAUAGACAGAGAGUUCAGACCUACCAUAGAUAGACAGAGAGAGUUCCGACCUACCAUAGACAGACAGAGAGGUCAGACCUACCAUAGAUAGACAGAGGAGAGUUCAGACCUACCAUAGAUAGACCGAGAGUUCAGACCUACCUAGACAGACAGAGAGAGUCAGACCUUACAUAGAUAGACAGAGAGAGUUCAGGAACAUACCAUAGAUAGACAGGAGAGUUCAGACCUACCAUAGAUAGACAGAGAGAGUUCAGACCUACCAUAGAUAGACAGAGAGUUCAGACCUACCAUAGAUAGACAGAGAGGAGUUCAGACCUACCAUAGACAGACAGAGAGAGUUCAGACCUACCAUAGAUAGACAGAGGUUCAGACCUUAACAUAGACCGACAGAGGAGUUCAGACCUACCAUAGAUUAGACAGAGAGAGUUCAGACCUCCUACCAUAGAUAGACCAGAGGAGUUCGACCUACCAUAGAUAGACAGAGAGAGUUCAGACCUACCAUCGAUAGACAGAGAGGUUCACGAACCCUACCAUAGAUAGACAGAGAGUUCAGACCUUCAGACCUACCAUAGAUAGACAGAGAGAGUUCAGACCUACCAUAGAUAGACAGAGAGUUCAGACCUACCAUAGAUAGACAGAGAGUUCAGACCUACCAUAGAUAGACAGAGAGAGUUCAGACCUACCAUAGAUAGACAGAGAGAGUUCAGACCUACCAUAGACAGACAGAGAGAGUUCAGACCUACCAUAGAUAGACAGAGAGAGUUCAGACCUACCAUAGAUAGACAGAGAGAGUUCAGACCCACCAUAGACAGACAGAGAGAGUUCAGACCUACCAUAGAUAGACAGAGAGUUCAGACCUACCAUAGAUAGACAGAGAGUUCAGACCUACCAUAGACAGACAGAGAGAGUUCAGACCUACCAUAGAUAGACAGAGAGGUCAGACCUACCAUAGAUAGACAGAGAGAGUUCAGACCUACCAUAGAUAGACAGAGAGAGUUCAGACCUACCAUAGAUAGACAGAGAGAGUUCAGACCUACCAUAGAUAGACAGAGAGAGUUCAGACCUACCAUAGACAGACAGAGAGAGUUCAGACCUACCAUAGAUAGACAGAGAGUUCAGACCUACCAUAGACAGACAGAGAGUUCAGACCUACCAUAGAUAGACAGAGAGUUCAGACCUACCAUAGACAGACAGAGAGAGUUCAGACCUACCAUAGAUAGACAGAGAGUUCAGACCUACCAUAGAUAGACAGAGAGAGUUCAGACCUACCAUAGAUAGACAGAGAGUUCAGACCUACCAUAGAUAGACAGAGAGUUCAGACCUACCAUAGAUAGACAGAGAGAGUUCAGACCUACCAUAGAUAGACAGAGAGAGUUCAGACCUACAAUAGAUAGACAGAGAGUUCAGACCUACAAUAGAUAGACAGAGAGUUCAGACCUACCAUAGACAGACAGAGAGAGUUCAGACCUACCAUAGAUAGACAGAGAGAGUUCAGACCUACCAUAGAUAGACAGAGAGAGUUCAGACCUACCAUAGAUAGACAGAGAGUUCAGACCUACCAUAGAUAGACCGAGAGAGUUCAGACCUACCAUAGAUAGACAGAGAGAGUUCAGACCUACCAUAGACAGACAGAGAGAGUUCAGACCUACCAUAGAUAGACAGAGAGAGUUCAGACCUACCAUAGAUAGACAGAGAGAGUUCAGACCUACCAUAGACAGACAGAGAGUUCAGACCUACCAUAGAUAG